AUGAGAGAGCAUGGUGUGGGAAAGCCAAAGGAGGAUGUGUUUCCAAGAGGAGGAAGUGAUCAACUGCAACAAAUGAUACUGAUUGACCAAAGCGCGGCACGCCGGGCUGCGGUUCGCGGGGUCUGCGGCUGCGCAGAAGCCCUGCGAGCAGAGGGGGCCGAGGUGGCAGAGCGCAGAGAACACGCCUGGGUUUCCUGUACCGCCCGCGGAGCUUCUCGUGGAAGGUUCUGGAAGUGUGGGAGCAGCGGAGCUGUCCUGGACGCCGUGCUGAUCAGUGUGGUUUUUCCUCACACGUGCCGAGAUCAGAUCUUUACCUCAGGGCUUUGGCGGAGUUAUGAAGUUGCAACUGCCCUAGAAAAUCGAAGCCAUAAGGUUCGGUAUUCAGAUUCAGUGGAAAAUGGAUCAAUUAUAUUUUCUCUUUCUGGAGUUGCAUUUUUAUUGAUGGAUGCUAAAAAAUGCUUUAUGUCUGCUGAAGAAACAUUUCUAGCCAAAAUUGAGAAGUUUAUUAACAUUCACCAAAAUAGUUUUUUGGUUCUGUCUGCUGCCCUGCAUGGUCCUGAGGAAUGGAAACUGAUGUUCAGGAUUCAGCAGAGAUUCCUGGGUAGUAACCUACGGAUACUUCCAGUACACAACACAAUAAAUGCUAUUAAUCUUAUGUGCACCAUAGCUAAGAUCACCUCCAAACCACACACAGAUAGCAUCUGCUACAGAAUGAUAACAACUAAAGCUUACAUCAUUGAGCAAAGUCCAGUUUGGAAAACACUUCAAAAGAUAAAACUGAGUAGUGAUACAUUUAACCCAAAUUAGAUUAUCAAUUAUAAAUGUUCUUUUGGAAGAAUAUUAAAAUAAAAUACAU